AUGAAAGAAAAAGAUGAGAUUCAGAAAGCUCAUUGGAACACAAAACCAUUGAGUAUAUUUAUUGCUUUUUUGUGGUCUCGAAGUAAAACAUUCUCGUAUGCUUUGCCAUCGUUAGAUGUAAUACAUGACAAAUUUGUUGUUAGUUCUGCUUUGGAAAUAAUAUUGAAUCAUCUUGAAUCAGUUAUUUCUAAUGUUAAAGAGAUAAAUUGUUUUUUUGGUGGUGCUGCUUCUCAACUUAAACAACGUUUUCAUUUUCGAAAUUUAGUAAGAAUAGCUAAUGAACGAAGAAUUGAUUCAAGUUGGCACUUUUUUGCAACAUCUCAUGGAAAAAGUGUAGUUGAUGGGUAG